AUGGAUGACGAGGAGGCAGCGGAAAUAGCUCAGCUGCGUCAGCAGCGGUCACGCCUUAAGGAGCGCCUCGAAAGUCGCAAGAAAGCCACCGCGUCGCUUGUAAACGACUUGCUGACGUCAGCUCCUUCCACCGGCGGAAGCGGCGGAAUUUCCGCCGCGCGCCGCUCGCCUUCGGUCGACGAUGUUCCGCCUGUCGCGACGACGAACACGGCGCUGGCGGCGACGGGGUUGACCAACAGCGCGAAUGCCGGCGGCGGCGGCGGAGGCGGAGGAAGAUCUGACGUGUCAGGCAGCGAAGGUCGCGACGACGGAGGCGACUCGAACGUCAGCUCGGGCGCUGCGGGAGCCACCGAGGCAACAGCUGGCGUUAGCGGCGGCGGCGGUAGCGGGCCGUUAACGAUACGGCCGCGGAAAAAAGGCUCCCUUCAGAACAUUCUAGAAGGUUUAGAAGACGAGAAAGCGGGCCGCGGCGGCGCGGGAAAGCUUAGUGGCAUAGUAGCAAGAGGAGGAGGAGGAGCAGCAGCAGCGGGAGGAGGAUUCGCAAUUCCUUCUCGAACUGAAAGUCCGAACCUUUUCGCGGGUCAGCAAACCCCCACGCCUCCGCCAAUUGACACGUUCCCGCGAGAGGAAGACAUAGUGGACGAGUCGCGCCGGCCGCUGACGUCACUCGAGCGUGUGGAGCGGCUCGUGGCUGCCGUCCUGCUGGCGGCCGGCACGGCGGUGCCUUUGGACUCUAGCGCGAUAAAUAGGAGAUUAAAGAAGGAGUUAAACCCCGAAAGUAUAGACCAAGCCGCGAUUUUAGAGGUCGGAGGGGAGGACGGGCCAAUAGGCGCGCUAGAAACGGCCCUUAGGGUACUUGCGGGGAUGACUGUCGGGGGGGGCGCGGAAGCGGGAGGCGGAGCGGGGAAGGCGGGGGGAAAGCGGAGCUGGAAGGGCGGAGCAGGGGGGAGCGUGAGCGGAGCGCCUUUAGUGGAGAUAGAGGAAUUUGCUGUGGCUGGAGUGGCUAGGUUGAUGGUUUUAGGGUUUGACAGGCUGGCGCUUUCGAGGAUGUUUCCUGGGGCGACGAUUCCGUCUGCAGAAGCUUCCCGGAAGCAGCAGGAGAGGGAGGAGGAGGAGGAGGUGGGGUUGCUGCUAGGCAGGAGGGGACGGGGCGGUUUUGGGCGGGAGAAUCGCAGGUUUGGGGUUGGAAGAGGGGGGAUGGGGGGGGAUGGGGGAAGAAUGGGGGGGGAAGGGGGCAGGGAGGGGAGGGACAUGGGGGAUAGGGAAGGACCCUCGCAGUUUCCUCCUGGUAUGGCUCCGCAUGGGUUUGAACCCGCAGGGCCGAUGGGUGGGGUGAAUUACCCUGGUGGAGGCAGGGGGUAUUUUCCUGGUGGGGGUGGGCCAGGAGGGGGUAUGGGGGGGAAUUUCCCCCCUGGGGGUGGACCAGGGCCAAUGGGCAUGCAUGGGGGGGGAGGGCCAGGGAUGGGGGGAAGGCCCCCCUAUGGGCAAGGGGGAAUGAUGCCUUAUAACGAAAACAUGGGGGGAAGAGGCGGAGGGGGAGGGCCUGGCGGAGGGGGGCAGGAGAGGGGGGGGAGAUGGGGGAGGGGGAUGGCAGCAGAGGCGGGGGAGGGUAGAGGCGGUGGGGGGGAAACCGGAGGGGAAGGGGAGAAGGAGGGGGAGAAGAAGGGAGAGAAAAGGGGGGAGAAAAAGGGGGAGACUGGAGGUGGGGGAGGGGAAGAGGAGGAGGAGGGGGAGGAGGAGGAGAUGAGGGUGGAGGAGAUAUUGUCAAAGAAGUGGUUCAAGGAAAUGCUGCAGUCCAAGCGGGGCGAGGAGCUGUUAGAGCUGCUGCAGAAGCCCACCGCCAAGGAGACAGCCGUCGCUGCACGGUUCAAGACCAAGGGCGGGUCCAUGGUGCGAGAGUAUUGCAACCGGCUCACUAAAGACGACUGCCGCCGCCACCGCAACUCGUACACUGCUUGCGACAAGGUGCAUUUCCGUCGCAUCAUAUCCCCACACACCGACAUGAACCUCGGAGAUUGCUCUUUCCUCGACACAUGCCGCCACAUGAAGACUUGCAAGUACGUACACUACGAGCUGGAUCCAGUCCCAGAUGGAGCACCCUACGGCGCCAUGAUCCCCCCAGGGGCCGCCCUGCCUCCCGCCGCCGCCGCUGCUGCCGCCAUGGGCAUAUUCGGGCCCCAUGGGGGAUCAAUGGGGCCGCACGGCAUGCAUGGGCACGGGCCGGCCAGGCCCCCUGUGGUGCAGAUCAACUCCUUCGGACAGUACAUUCCGUCCACCAUUCCAAGACCGUUUGACCGCCCCCCUCGGCCUGAGUACUGCUCGCAGGUUGAACUGGGGGAGGCGCAGUGGGUCAACUGUGACAUCCGCAACUUCCGCACCGACAUUCUGGGGCAGUUUGGGGUGAUCAUGGCGGACCCACCGUGGGACAUUCACAUGGAGCUACCUUAUGGGACCAUGGCGGAUGAUGAGAUGCGGACCCUGAAUGUGCCGGGAUUGCAAACGGAUGGGCUCAUAUUCCUUUGGGUGACAGGCCGUGCUAUGGAGCUGGGUCGAGAGUGUUUGGAGCUGUGGGGGUACCGUCGCGUUGAGGAAAUAAUAUGGGUGAAGACGAAUCAGCUGCAGCGCAUCAUUCGCACGGGGCGCACGGGGCACUGGCUGAACCACAGCAAGGAGCACUGCCUGGUGGGCAUCAAGGGCGCUCCCCUCGUGAACCGCAACAUUGACACCGACGUGAUCGUUGCUGAAGUCCGCGAGACGAGUAGAAAGCCCGAUGAGAUGUAUUCUAUGCUAGAGCGCAUUAGUCCAAGGACAAGGAAGCUGGAGCUGUUUGCACGCAUGCACAACACACAUGCGGGCUGGAUCUCUCUGGGCAACCAGCUGGACGGCACGCGCCUUGUGGACGCUGACCUACGAAAGAGGUUCAAGGAGGUACGGGGGUUCCCUGUAGCUGAUAAUGAACCCGCUUGUACCGAGAGCGCUGAUAGCAAGGCGGAUGGUGUAGACGAGGAGGCUUGUAACGAGGAUAUCGGAUCCUCUACCAUAUCUGCAUCGGGGAAAUCAGUGGCGGCUGUGGCGGCAGCAGCAGUGGCUGUGGAACAUGGUAUAGCAGUGGCUGUGGUGGCAUGGCACCGCUGUUGGUGGCAUGGCACCGCUGUUGGUGGCACCGCUGUUGGUGGCACCGCUGUUGGUGGCACCGCUGUUGGUGGCACCGCUGUUGGUGGCACCGCUGUUGGUGGCACCGCUGUUGGUGGCACCGCUGUUGGUGGCACCGCUGUUGGUGGCACCGCUGUUGGUGGCAUGGCACCGCUGUUGGUGGCACCGCUGUUGGUGGCAUGGCACCGCUGUUGGUGGCAUGCCACCGCUGUUGGUGGCACCGCUGUUGGUGGCAUGGCACCGCUGUUGGUGGCACCGCUGUUGGUGGGCACCGCUGUUGGUGGCACCGCUGUUGGUGGCACCGCUGUUGGUGGCACCGCUGUUGGUGGCACCGCUGUUGGUGGCACCGCUGUUGGUGGCACCGCUGUUGGUGGCACCGCUGUUGGUGGCACCGCUGUUGGUGGCACCGCUGUUGGUGGCACCGCUGUUGGUGGCACCGCUGUUGGUGGCACCGCUGUUGGUGGCACCGCUGUUGGUGGCACCGCUGUUGGUGGCACCGCUGUUGGUGGCACCGCUGUUGGUGGCACCGCUGUUGGUGGCAUGGCACCGCUGUUGGUGGCACCGCUGUUGGUGGCACCGCUGUUGGUGGCACCGCACACCGCUGUUGGUGGCACCGCCUGUUGUGCAUGGCACCGCUGGUUGGUGGCACCGCUGUUGGUGGCACCGCUGUUUGGUGGCAUGGCACCGCUGUUGGGCAUGGCACCGCUGUUGGUGGCACCGCUGUUGGUGCACCGCUGUUGGUGGCAUUGCACCGCUGUUGGUGGCACCGCUGUUGGUGGCACCGCUGUUGGUGGCAUGCACCGCUGUUGGUGCACCGCUGUUGGUGGCACCGCUGUUGGUGGCACCGCUGUUGGUGGCACCGCUGUUUGGUGGCCACCGCUGUUGGUGGCACCGCUGUUGGUGGCACCCGCUGUUGGUGGCACCGCUGUUGGUGGCACCGCUGUUGGUGGCACCGCUGUUGGUGGCACCGCUGUUGGUGGCCACCGCGUUGGCUGGCACGCUGGUGGUGGCACCGCUGUUGGUGGCACCGCUGUUGGUGGCACCGCUGUUGGUGGCACCGCUGUUGGUGGCACCGCUGUUGGUGGCACCGCUGUUGGUGGCACCGCUGUUGGUGACACCGCUGUUGGUGGCACCGCUGUUGGUGGCACCGCUGUUGGUGGCACCGCUGUUGGUGGCACCGCUGUUGGUGGCAUGGCACCGCUGUUGGUGGCACCGCUGUUGGUGGCACCGCUGUUGGUGGCACCGCUGUUGGUGGCAUGGCACCACUGUUGGUGGCACCGCUGUUGGUGGCAUGGCACCGCUGUUGGUGGCACCGCUGUUGGUGGCACCGCUGUUGGUGGCAUGGCACCGCUGUUGGUGGCACCGCUGUUGGUGGCAUUGCACAGCUGUUGGUGGCACCGCUGUUGGUGGCAUGGCACCGCUGUUGGUGGCACCGCUGUUGGUGGCACCGCUGUUGGUGGCACCGCUGUUGGUGGCACCGCUGUUGGUGGCACCGCUGUUGGUGGCACCGCUGUUGGUGGCACCGCUGUUGGUGGCACCGCUGUUGGUGGCACCGCUGCUGGUGGCACCGCUCAUGGCACCGCUGUUGGUGGCACCGCUGUUGGUGGCACCGCUGUUGGUGGCAUGGCACCGCUGUUGGUGGCACCGCUGUUGGUGGCACCGCUGUUGGUGGCAUUGCACCGCUGUUGGUGGCACCGCUGUUGGUGGCAUGGCACCGCUGUUGGUGGCACCGCUGUUGGUGGCACCGCUUGCACCGCUGUUGGUGGCACCGCUGUUGGUGGCCACGCUGUUGGUGGCACCGCUGUUGGUGGCACCGCUGUUGGUGGCAUGGCACGCUGUUGGUGGCACCGCUGUUGGUGGCACCGCUGUUGGUGGCACCGCUGUUGGUGGCACCGCUGUUGGUGGCACCGCUGUUGGUUGGCACCGCUGUUGGUGGCACCGCUGUUGGUGGCACCGCUGUUGGUGGCACCGCUGUUGGUGGCACCGCUGUUGGUGGCACCUGCUGUUGGUGGCACCGCUGUUGGUGGCAUGGCACCGCUGUUGGUGGCACCGCUGUUGGUGGCCCCCGCUGUUGGUGGCACCGCUGUUGGUGGCACCGCUGUUGGUGGCACCGCUGUUGGUGGCCACCGCUGUUGGUGGGCACCGCUGUUGGUGGCACCGCUGUUGGUGGCACCAGCUGUUGGUGGCACCGCUGUUGGUGGCACCGCUGUUGGUGGCACCGCUGUUGGUGGCACCGCUGUGGUGGAUGGCACCGCUGUUGGUGGCACCGCUGUUGGUGGCACCGCUGUUGGUGGCUUGGUGGCCUUGGCACCGCUGUUGGUGGCACCGCUGUUGGUGGCAUGGCACCGCUGUUGGUGGCACCGCUGUGGUGGCACCGCUGUUGGUGGCACCGCUGUUGGUGGCACCGCUGUUGGUGGCACCGCUGUUGGUGGCACCGCUGUUGGUGGCACCGCUGUUGGUGGCAUGGCACCGCUGUUGGUGGCACCGCUGUUGCUGUUGUGCACCCGCUGUUGGUGGCCACGCUGUUGGUGGCACCGCUGUUGGUGGCACCGCUGUUGGUGGCACCGCUGUUGGUGGCACCGCUGUUGGUGGCACCGCUGUUGGUGGCAUGGCACCGCUGUUGGUGGCACCGCUGUUGGUGGCACCGCUGUUGGUGGCACCGCUGUUGGUGGCACCGCUGUUGGUGGCACCGCUGUUGGUGGCACCGCUGUUGGUGCAUGGCACCGCUGUUGGUGGCACCGCUGUUGGUGGCAUGGCACCGCUGUUGGUGGCACCGCUGUUGGUGGCACCGCUGUUGGUGGCACCGCUGUUGGUGGCACCGCUGUUGGUGGCACCGCUGUUGGUGGCACCGCUGUUGGUGGCAUGCACGCUGUUGUGCUGGCACCGCUGUUGGUGGCACCGCUGUUGGUGGCACCGCUGUUGGUGGCACCGCUGUUGGUGGCACCGCUGUUGGUGGCAUGCACCGCUGUUGGUGGCACCGCUGUGGUGGCACCGCUGUUGGUGGCACCGCUGGUUGGUGGCACCGCUGUUGGUGGCACCGCUGUUGGUGGCACGCUGUUGGUGGCACCGCUGUUGGUGGCACCGCUGUUGGUGGCACCGCUGUUGGUGGCACCGCUGUUGGUGGCACCGCUGUUGGUGGCACCGCUGUUGGUGGCACCGCUGUUGGUGGCAUCCGCUGUUGGUGGCACCGCUGUUGGUGGCACCGCUGUUGGUGGCACCGCUGUUGGUGGCACCGCUGUUGGUGGCACCGCUGUUGGUGGCACCGCUGUUGGUGGCACCGCUGUUGGUGGCACCGCUGUUGGUGGCACCGCUGUUGGUGGCACCGCUGUUGGUGGCACCGCUGUUGGUGGCACCGCUGUUGGUGGCACCGCUGUUGGUGGCACCGCUGUUGGUGGCACUGCUGUUGGUGGCACCGCUGUUGGUGGCAUGGCACCGCUGUUGGUGGCACCGCUGUUGGUGGCAUGGCACCGCUGUUGGUGGCACCGCUGUUGGUGGCACCGCUGUUGGUGGCACCGCUGUUGGUGGCACCGCUGUUGGUGGCACCGCUGUUGGUGGCACCGCUGUUGGUGGCACCGCUGUUGGUGGCACCGCUGUUGGUGGCAUGGCACCGCUGUUGGUGGCACCGCUGUUGGUGGCACCGCUGUUGGUGGCAUGGCACCGCUGUUGGUGGCACCGCUGUUGGUGGCAUGGCACCGCUGUUGGUGGCACCGCUGUUGGUGGCACCGCUGUUGGUGGCAUGGCACCGCUGUUGGUGGCACCGCUGUUGGUGCAUGGCACCGCUGUUGGUGGCACCCGCUGUUGGUGGCACCCGCUGUUGGUGGCAUGGCACCGCUGUUGGUGGCACCGCUGUUGGUGGCACCGCUGUUGGUGGCACCGCUGUUGGUGGCAUUGCACCGCUGUUGGUGGCACCGCUGUUGGUGGCAUGGCACCGCUGUUGGUGGCACCGCUGUUGGUGGCACCGCUGUUGGUGGCACCGCUGUUGGUGGCACCGCUGUUGGUGGCACCGCUGUUGGCGGCACCGCUGUUGGUGGCACCGCUGUUGGUGGCACCGCUGUUGGUGGCACCGCUGUUGGUGGCACCGCUGUUGGUGGCACCGCUGUUGGUGGCACCGCUGUUGGUGGCACCGCUGUUGGUGGCACCGCUGGUGGUGGCAUGGCACCGCUGUUGGUGGCACCGCUGUUGGUGGCACCGCUGUUGGUGGCACCGCUGUUGGUGGCACCGCUGUUGGUGGCUUUUGAGUCGACUCAAAAGUCAACAUGGUUUAGCAGUGGCUGUGGUGGCAUGGCACCGCUGUUGGUGGCACCGCUGUUGGUGGCUAACCACCAGGCUUCGUUGAAUGAGCUGACAGGGAGGAGAGCAGGGGAAGAAGAAACGUGUGAGAGAGCAGGUACGACGACGGUAUAG